AUGUCUGGUCAACUUGAGCAUGAGUUGGAGCUUAACGUGCCAGCAAGUGAAGCAUGGGAUCUCAUUGGCACACUUGGUAUUGCAAAACUCGUUGGAGAAGAGAUGCCUGAAUUGUUUCAGAAAGUGGAAGUAGUUGAAGGAGAUGGAGGGGUUGGAACUAUUCUCAAACUCACAUUCACGCCAGGUAUACCUGGCCCCGCCAGUUAUAAAGAGAAGUUUACCAUAGUUGAUAAUGAGAAACUCAUCAAAGAAACUGAGGUAAUUGAAGGUGGAUACUUGGAUUUUGGAUUAACACUAUUUAGAGUUCGUUUACAAGUUAUAGAGAAAGGUAAAGAAUCGAGCAUAGUGAAAUCUACAAUAGAGUAUGAAGUGAAAGAAGCAGCUAAUGCUUCACUUGUUUCCAUUCAGCCAUUGGCAAACAUUGUACAAGUUGCUAAGAAUUAUCUCGGAAGAAACAAGGCUGCAAAGGAAGCAAAGUAG